GUGUGAUGGAAGAUCAGGGUGCCAACCUCGUUCGCGCUCGUAGUGAGCGGGACCAGCUUCAAGCGCAGAUUGACGCGCUGCCUGAUGGCCUCGUCAAGACGCACAUGCUAGCGGCAUUGGCGGCGUUGGAGGCGCAACUGCAACCUACGACGCCUGGCGCAUCGAACAACAACGGGGACGACCCGUUGAUCUCCCGCAUGAAAACCCAAGCCGUGUUGGUCAAGCAACCCCAAGAUGCGUUAGUGGCUGUCGUUCACUUUAUGAUGCAAGAGGCUGGCUUUGUCCAUACCGACAACACUCACAAGGACACGUCGCUGUUCCUGCCGCCACAUUGGGACAUGCAUUCUGACCAAGGCAUGUUUGUGUUCCAGUACACCCAUCCGUAUGCCCCUGCCACAACCUACACGCUCAAGGCGCUCUUUGUCGGUCGCCGCACGCUAGCCGUCCACGUGACUUCAAACGACCAAGCAGUGUAUUCCCUCGAACUCAGCGUGCCGAUGUAUAUUCGAGACUCGGCGUCGACUCUAGCGGGCGAUGCGGUGCAGCAAUCGGCGGCAUUGCGCCGUCAGUGGACUGGAUUUAGCCAAGCCUUUCGUCCGAAGGAGCCUCCAGCUGUGGUGCCCACCUCUGGCGACUAUAACGAGGCCGAUUCGGACUCGCUGCGACUUCCGGACCGCCGCCCCGUACCAGCGCCCCCACUCUACCCGAAUGUUGGGGGCGGCGAUGCGUUUCCAGAGUUUUUGGGCCCCCCAAAUCCGAUCUUGGGCCGCCGCGACCCAGGCAUGGAAGUGGGUCCGGGGCACCCGCUGUUUGGGGGGCAAGUGGGGACGUAUGGUCCGGUACCCGGGGCCCGCUUCGACCCGUACGGACCCGUGGGGCCAUCGCAUUUGUUUCGUCCGCAGCCGGGGCGCCAGCCCCGCGGCCCGCCGUUGUUUGGCGGGCCGGACAAUGACCACCUGCCCAUGCCUGGGUUUCCAAAUCGCUUGAACGAUGACGACAUGUUUUCGUAGAUAAAAGCCCCAGAGUAGUAGGAAUUUGUAAUGUAACGUUGAGAUUGGGAUAAGGGAAA